ACCUCCUCCAAAAUUCAAGUCGUCGUUACAAUGAACCAAACCGAAACUCACCGCGGCAGCGACGACGCUGUUGCAGCGGUGCCGAGCUUUAACUUCCAGCGGCUCCGAGUGAUCACGCCGCUUGGCCGCGGCGCCAAGGGCGUAGUGUUUUUAGUGCAAGACCAAGAGACGGACAAGCUCAUGGCCUUGAAGGUAAUUUCCAGGGACAUGAUCCACCGCAAAAGUAAAGACGGUGACGGCACCGACGAGUACCGGCGAGUCUGCUUCGAGCAGCAAGUACUACGUCGUUUCGACCACCCGCUCCUCCCAAAGCUGCAUGGAGUCCUCGACACUGAGAAUCUCGUCGGCUACGCCAUCGACUACUGCUCCGGCCGCGAUCUCAAUUCUCUCCGGAAAAGACAGACGGAGCGCAUGUUCUCCGAUGACGUCAUCAGGUUUUACGCGGCGGAAUUGGUUCUGGCAUUGGAGUAUUUGCACGCCUUGGGAGUUGUUUACCGGGAUUUGAAGCCGGAGAACGUUAUGAUCCAAGAGAACGGCCACAUUAUGCUCGUGGAUUUCGAUCUCUCAACCAACCUCUCGCUGCCGCCGAUCAAGACUCCUCAACCAGCUCCGAGAUCAAAUUCGCUACCAAAAUCAGCGUCCAAGAAACUCCAGAACAAGAAGAAGCACAGGUCGCUCUUCCGCAGCUUCUGCAACUCGGGAAUCUCGCCGGACGAUUUGAUCGUACCGGUCGAGACCGAAGCCGAAACCGAGAAGUCGGAGAAAUCCGAAAGCAAAACGGAGUCGGCAAAGUCGUCCGGGAAAUCGAACUCGUUCGUCGGAACGGAGGAGUACGUGGCGCCGGAGAUCAUAUCCGCCACCGGCCACGGCUUCGAAGUAGACUGGUGGUCCCUGGGAGUGUUGCUCUACGAAAUGCUGUACGGUACGACGCCGUUCAGAGGCGUCAACCGGAAGGAGACGUUCUACCGGAUACUGACGAAGUCGCCGGAGCUGACGGGGGAAGCGACGCCGUUAAGGGACCUGAUCAGGAAGCUUCUGGAGAAGGAUCCGAGGCAGAGAAUCGUGCUGGAGGAAAUCAAGGAGCACGAGUUUUUUAAGGGCAUAGGAGGAUCGUGGGACACGGUGGCGCAGCUAGCGAGGCCGCCGUAUAUCCCAGAGGAGGUGAACGAGGGUAGGGAUGGGAAUAAGAAAAUAGACGUGGAGUCGGUGGUGGAGGGAAUAUUCGGAGAGAAUAAAUGCGGCGGUGGUGACGAGGAGGAAGAGAAUAAGAAGAAGAAUGUGAAUAAAAGGGUGUGGGAGGAAGAACUGAAUCACAAACCCACUCAACCUGAUGAUACCUUUUCUGUUUUCUAACCAAAUUCUUUCAUUUCUUUUUUAUUGGUUUCAUCUUCUUGUUCUUUUUUACUUAAUUUUGAGAGAGGCAUAUAUUCGUAACUUGUAUAAGGUAUGGUCAAGAAAUCAAUGUAAAAGAUGAACAUCUAUAUUGUAAUCUAAAGCUUCU